AUGCAGAAAUGCAUCAUAUGCGAUGAAGAAAAAAACGAAUUAUUUUCAAAAGCAAGUGAAACAUCUUUAAACGCAAUUCAAUCAUUUAGUCGAAGAUGGGCAAUACUUGGAACAAAAAAUGAUAUUUGUGGCCGCGUUAAGCAUUUGACAUAUAACCAGACUACACAGUAUCAUUAUCAUAGAAAGUGUUACAUGUCACUAUGUCAUCAAGCUAAUCUUGUGAAAGCUAAAAAAAAGUAUGAAGGAGGUAUAUCAAACAACAGGAAACGUGGAAGACCUAGCCAAAGUCCUGGACCUUCAUCUAGUAAAACCAGAAAAACAUUUGAUAGUGCACUAUGUGUCUUUUGCCAGAUUAGUGAUCGUGGUAAAGCUUUUCAGGUACGCAGUGAUAGUAUGGGAAGCAAGUUUUUGCAGAUUAAGGAAUUCAGUAAAGAUGCCAAUGUCCGUGCACGACUAGCUUUGCUCUGUGCACCCAGGGAUGCAUUUGCCAAAGAUAUUAAAUAUCACACAAACUGUUUAAGGGUAGAAACUAAAAAUGUCGAGUCAUGUACAGUUUCCAAUGACCAAUCUGAGUUUGAUGCUACAGGAAAAGCCAUAUGUGACAUCGAAAUAGUCAACAUAGUCCGAGCAGCGAUUAAAGAUAAUGAAGGAUAUCCUGGAAUUGAUAUGAAUUCUAUCAACAGUGCCUAUCUAGCACUCCUUAACGAAUAUAAUAUAGAGACUCGGUAUACCAACUACAAGCAAUAUUUGAAGUCACUUUUGGUCAUGGAAAUUCCUGAGCUACAAUUCGUUAAACAUGGCCCUAAACCAGAUAUUGUUUUCUCAAAAGCAGAUAAGGACAGACUUCUCGCUAAUGUGUAUGUGAACACAAAUCCAGAUGAGGAGAUGAAGGUUCUGAGUAAGGCUUCGCAAAUCAUUAGAAAAGAAAUUGAAAAUGUAGCCCAACACAUCAUAUCUUCCUAUAGGUCAAAGCGUCAGGUCAUGUAUGAAGCCAAAAUUGAGAGCGGUUUUCAAAAGGAUAAAAAGACGCCAUGGAAUGUAGGUUUAGCGUUAACAUCAUAUCAAGCAAACAGAUCACGGUCAGAUGUGGAAACCCUGUACAAUGUAAAAGCAGCCACAACAUAUGAUGAAGUAGAGUGA